AUGUACGGUACCGGCACUGGCCCCCAGACGGGUGUCUCAACCCCCCGAUCCAACGCCUCCCUCCGACCUCUCACGCUCACCCACGGCUCGCUGGAGACCUCUUUCCUCGUGCCGACCGCUCUCCACUACCACGCACAGCAGCUCAGGGACCGCUUCUCUGCCAGCCUCCCCACCGCCACAGAUGAGCUCGCGCUCGACGAAGAGCCAUCAUCCGUGGCCGAACUCCUCGCCAGAUACCUCGGCUUUAUUGCUAGCGAGGUUGAGAAGGGCGAGGAUGACGAUCAAGGCUCGUACGAGGAGGUGCUCAAGCUCAUUCUCGUCGAGUUCGAGCGUGGCUACCUGCAGGGCAACGAAGUCCACGCCCUCGUGGCAUCUCUUCCCGGCAUUGACGAGAAGAAGCUUAUUGUGAUCAAGAGCUACUACCAGGCCCGCCAAACAGCGGGACGUCCCAUUAAGGAGCACGAGUCGGCUCUGUUCCGCGCCGCCGAGGAUGGCGCUGCUGGCAUCUACACCAUCUUUGGCGGCCAGGGCAAUAUUGAAGAGUACUUUGAUGAGCUGCGUGAGAUCUACAAGACCUAUCAGCCUUUCGUAGGCGAGCUCAUUCUGCACGCCGCCGAGCUCCUUCAGAACCUGUCCAAACACCCCAGCGCCGAGAAGCUCUACCCCAAGGGCCUCGACGUCAUGAGGUGGCUGGAGGACGAGGAUGCGACACCUGAUCUCGACUACCUCGUCUCCGCCCCCGUCAGCUUCCCUCUGAUCGGUCUUGUGCAGCUCGCCCACUACGAGGUGACGUGCAAGGCCCUGGGUGUCAACCCCGGCAAGCUGCGAGAGAGGCUGAGCGGCUCCACCGGUCACUCGCAAGGUGUCGUUCUGGCUGCGGCCACUGCUGCUGCUUGCUCUUGGGAGUCGUGGAAGGAGAUCGCGCCCACGGCGCUCACCAUCCUCUUCUGGAUCGGUGCCCGUAGUCAGCAGGUCUUCCCCCGCACGUCGCUCACACCCAACAUGCUGCGCGAGUCCAUCGACAAUGGCGAGGGCACCCCAACUCCCAUGUUGAGCAUCCGCGACCUGUCUCAGGCAGAGGUCCAGAAGCACAUCGAUGCCACCAACCAAUACCUCCCCGCAGACCGCCACAUCUCCAUUUCUCUCAUCAACAGCCCGCGAAACCUGGUCGUCACCGGUCCUCCGAUCUCCCUGUACGGUCUCAACGCCCAGCUGCGCAAGGUCAAGGCUCCCACCGGCCUCGACCAGACCCGAAUCCCUUACACCGAGCGCAAGAGCCGGUUCGUGAACCGCUUCCUCCCCAUUACGGCCCCCUUCCACAGCAAGUACCUCGCCGAGGCUACUGAGCUGAUCGAUGGCGACCUCAAGGAUAUCGAGAUCCUGUCCGAGGAUCUUGGCAUCCCUGUCUUUGACACAAACACUGGCAAGGAUAUCAGGGAGGAGGUCGAAGGCAACAUUGUCCCUGCCUUGGUUCGUCUCAUCACCAGAGACCCCGUCAACUGGGAGAAGGCCACCGUCUUCCCCGAUGCCACCCACGUGCUCGACUUUGGCCCUGGCGGCAUCUCCGGCCUCGGAAUACUCACCAGCCGCAACAAGGAGGGCACUGGCGUCCACGUUAUCCUGGCUGGAUCCGUCAACGGCACCGUCACAGAGGUCGGCUACAAGUCUGAGCUUUUCGACAGGGACGAAGAGCACGCCAUCCGAUAUGCUGUGGACUGGGUUAAGGAGUUUGGACCCCGUCUGGUGACCACCUCGCAGGGCCGUACCUUCGUCGACACCAAGAUGAGCAGGCUGCUCGGUCUUCCUCCCGUCAUGGUCGCCGGUAUGACGCCCUGCACGGUGCCCUGGGACUUCGUAUCCGCUACCAUGAACGCUGGCUAUCACAUUGAGCUUGCUGGCGGUGGUUACUACAACGCCAAGACCAUGACGGAGGCCCUGUCUAAGAUUGAAGGAGCCAUUACCGCCGGCCGUGGUAUCACCGUAAACCUCAUCUACGUCAACCCCCGCGCCAUGGCUUGGCAGAUUCCCCUCCUCGGCCGCCUCAGGGCUGAGGGAGUCCCCAUUGAGGGUCUGACCAUCGGCGCCGGUGUCCCUUCCAUUGAGGUUGCUCAGGAGUACAUUGAAACUCUUGGCCUCAAGCACAUCGCCUUCAAGCCUGGUUCGUCUGAUGCCAUCCAGGCCGUCAUCAACAUCGCCAAGGCCAACCCCGACUUCCCCGUGAUUCUCCAGUGGACCGGCGGUCGCGGUGGUGGCCACCACUCCUUCGAGGAUUUCCACCAGCCCAUUCUGAGCAUGUACGGACGUAUCCGUCGCACCCCCAACAUUAUUCUUGUUGCUGGCAGUGGCUUCGGUGGAGCUGAUGACACGUACCCUUACCUCACCGGUGAGUGGGCCAAGGGCUACGGCUACCCUCCCAUGCCCUUUGAUGGUACACUCUUUGGCAGCCGCAUGAUGGUUGCCAAGGAGGCUCAUACGAGCAAGAACGCGAAGCAGGCCAUCGUUGAUGCUCCUGGUAUUGGUGACGAGUCCUGGGAGAAGACUUACAAGGGACCUGCUGGUGGUGUCAUUACGGUUCGCUCUGAGAUGGGUGAGCCCAUUCACAAGCUGGCUACUCGAGGUGUGGUCCUGUGGGCGGAGAUGGACAAGAAGAUCUUCAGUCUUCCCAAGGAGAAGCGCGUUCCCGAACUGAAGAAGAACCGCGACUACAUCAUCAAGAAGCUGAACGAUGACUUCCAGAAGGUCUGGUUUGGCCGCAACCGUUUCGGUGAGACUGUCGACCUCGAGGAUAUGACUUACGGCGAGGUCGUCCGUCGCAUGGUCGACUUGCUUUACGUCAGGCACGAGUCUCGCUGGAUCGAUGCUUCUUACAAGAAGUUUACUGGAGAUUUCAUCCAUCGUGUUGAGGAGCGUUUCACCUCGAAGCCUGGCCAGGCUUCCCUGCUCCAGGACUUUGGCGAACUCGAAAGCCCUUACGAGACUGUCAAGAGAAUUCUUGCUGGCUACCCCGAGGCUGACACCCAGAUUAUCAACGCGCAGGACGUUCAGCACUUCCUCAUGCUCUGCCAGCGUCGCGGCCAGAAACCCCCCACCUUCGUGCCCGCCCUUGAUGAGAACUUUGAGUUCUUCUUCAAGAAGGACUCGCUGUGGCAGUCCGAGGACCUCGGCGCCGUCAUUGGCCAGGACGUCGGCAGGACCUGCAUUCUCCAGGGCCCUACCGCCGCCAAGUUCUCCACCAUUCUGGAUGAACCUAUCAAGGAUAUCCUCGAUGGUGUUCACGACACCCACGUCGAGCGUCUCACCCAAGACUUCUACAGCGGCGACAAGAAGUCGAUUCCCACCAUCGAGUACUUCGGUGGUAAGCUGAACGAUACCGAGAUCCCGGUCGAGGAUGUCGAUGGUCUUCUUACCUCGUAUGAUGAGACGAAGAACACGUACCGCCUGCACCUUUCGCCGUCUGCCACCAUGCCCACUGAGGAUGCCUGGCUGGCUCUUCUUGCCGGACCCCGUCGCAGCUGGCGUCACGCACUCCUGACUUCUGAGGUUCUUGUUCAAGGUCAGAAGUUCCAGACCAACCCGAUGAAGCGUGUCUUCGCUCCCGUCCGUGGCCUGUUCGUGGAGAUCCACUACCCCAACGACCCUGCGAGGACCCGGAUCAUCGUCAAGGAGCAGCCGCGCCACAACCAGUACGUCGACGUUCUCGAGGUCAAGCUUGUUGGUAACAACGAGAUCCUGGUCAACAUGAUUAAGGACACCACUGCCCUCGGCGAGCCGGUGUCCCUGCCCCUGAAAUUCGUGUACCGCCCCGAGGCUGGUUACGCUCCGAUUCACGAGGUCAUGGAGGGCCGCAAUGACCGCAUCAAGGAGUUCUACUGGCGUGCUUGGUUCGGCAACGAGACUCUUGACCUCGAUGCUGACGUCUCCAAGCAGUUUGAUGGUGGCAAGGCUACGAUCACUGGAGAGGACAUCAACGACUUUGUCCAUGCUGUUGGCAACACUGGUGAGGCCUUUGUCGAGCGUCCCGGAAAGACAGUAUUUGCGCCGAUGGACUUUGCUAUUGUUGUCGGCUGGAAGGCUAUUACCAAGCCUAUCUUCCCCCGCACCAUCGACGGCGAUCUCCUCAAGCUCGUCCACCUGUCGAACCAGUUCCGUAUGCUACCCGGCGCUGAGCCUUUGAAGAAGGGUGACGAGGUCAGCACCACUGCUCAGAUCAAUGCUGUCAUCAACCAGGAGUCUGGUAAGAUGGUUGAGGUUUGCGGCACAAUUAGCCGUGAUGGCGAGGCCGUCAUGGAAGUAACGUCCCAGUUCCUGUACCGCGGUGUGUACUCGGACUUUGAGAAUACCUUCCAGCGCAAGACCGAGACUCCUGUGCAGCUUCACCUCGCCACCACUCAGGAUGUCGCUGUCCUCAAGGCCAAGGAGUGGUUCAACCUUGACGACCUCCCUCAGGACAUCCAGCUUCUCGGACAGACUCUUGAGUUCCGUCUGCAGAGCUUCCUCAAGUUCCAGAACAAGACGGUUUUCAGCAGCAUCCAGACUUACGGCCAGGUGCUACUUGAGCUCCCCAGCAAGGAGGUUAUCCAGGUGGCUAGCGUCGAUUAUGAGGCUGGUGUCUCGCAUGGUAACCCUGUAGUUGACUACCUUGAGCGCCACGGCUCGCCCCUCGAUCAGCCCCUCAACUUUGAGAACCCCAUUCCUCUGAGCGGAAAGACUCCCCUGCAGCUUCGUGCGCCCUCUUCCAACGAGACGUACGCUCGUGUUUCCGGCGACUACAACCCCAUUCACGUUUCGCGUGUAUUUGCCGGAUACGCCAACUUGCCCGGCACCAUCACGCACGGCAUGUACUCCAGUGCCUCGGUGCGUAGUCUCGUCGAGACAUGGGCCGCCGAGAACAACAUUGGCCGCGUUCGCAGCUUCCACGCCUCUCUCGUUGGUAUGGUCCUGCCCAACGACGAUCUCGAGGUCAAGUUGCAGCACGUCGGCAUGGUGGCCGGUCGGAAGAUCAUCAAGGUUGAGGCCCUCAACAAGGAGAACGAGGAGAAGGUUCUCCUCGGCGAGGCCGAAAUCGAGCAGCCCGUGACGGCCUACGUGUUCACCGGUCAGGGUUCUCAGGAGCAGGGCAUGGGCAUGGAGCUUUAUGCCAGCAGUCCUGUCGCCAAGGAUGUGUGGGACCGCGCCGAUACCUACCUGAUGGACAACUACGGUUUCUCAAUCACGAACAUCGUCAAGAACAACCCCAAGGAGCUGACCAUCCACUUUGGUGGCCCUCGUGGCAAAGCCAUCCGUGCCAACUACAUGGCCAUGACCUUCGAGACAGUGGCAGCUGAUGGCUCCAUCAAGUCGGAGAAGAUCUUCAAGGAGGUUGAUGAGAAGACCACUUCGUACACGUACAGGUCGCCUACUGGCCUUCUGUCGGCAACACAAUUUACACAGCCCGCCCUGACGCUUAUGGAGAAGGCCAGUUUUGAGGACAUGAAGUCCAAGGGUCUUGUGCCCCGCGACUGCACUUUCGCCGGCCACUCCCUCGGCGAGUACUCGGCACUUGCGGCCCUGGCCGAGGUCAUGCCCAUUGAGAGCUUGGUGUCCGUUGUGUUCUAUCGCGGCCUGACGAUGCAGGUUGCUGUCGAGCGUGACGCCGCAGGUCGCUCCAACUACUCCAUGUGCGCCAUCAACCCCAGCCGCAUCUCCAAGACGUUCAACGAGGAGGCACUUGAGUUCGUGGUCAACAUGAUCGCUGAGGAGACGGGUUGGCUGCUGGAGAUUGUCAACUACAACAUCGCCAACAUGCAGUACGUCGCGGCAGGCGACCUGCGGGCGCUCGACACGCUGACUGGCGUGAUGAACUUCCUCAAGGUGCAGAAGAUUGACGUGGACGAGAUGCGCAACAACCUCGCAGAGGCCAAGGACGCGCUGCGAGAGAUUGUCAAGGGCUCUGCCGAGGAGACGCUCAAGAAGCCAACGCCGCUCGACCUCCAGAGGGGCUUCGCGACGAUCCCUCUCAAGGGUAUCGACGUGCCGUUCCACUCGACCUUCCUGCGGUCGGGUGUUAAGCCCUUCCGUUCGUUCCUGCUCAAGAAGAUCAACAGGACGACGAUCGACCCCUCGAAGCUCAUUGGCAAAUAUAUUCCCAACGUGACGGCCAAGCCGUUUGCGAUCACCAAGGAGUACUUUGAGGAGGUGUACAAGCUCACCAACUCGCCCAAGAUUGCGUCGGUGCUGGCCAACUGGGACAGCUACAACCAGGAUGCGCCGUCUAGCGAGGGCAGCAGCAUUAACGGUGUGGAGGGUGACUUUGGCUCUGCCGCGUAG